AUGGAUAAAAGAACAUGCAAUGCCCAAGAUGUUGAAGUUAGGAAAGGUCCUUGGACUAUGGAAGAAGAUUUAAUUCUUAUCAAUUACAUUGCUAAUCAUGGUGAAGGUGUUUGGAAUUCCCUUGCUCGAUCUGCUGGUUUGAAGCGUACCGGAAAAAGUUGUAGACUCCGGUGGCUUAAUUAUCUCCGGCCGGAUGUCCGGAGGGGAAAUAUUACACCUGAAGAACAACUGUUGAUCAUGGAACUACAUGCCAAGUGGGGAAACAGAUGGUCGAAAAUUGCGAAGCAUUUGCCAGGAAGAACAGAUAAUGAGAUAAAGAACUUCUGGAGGACAAGAAUUCAGAAGCACAUUAAGCGAGCAGAAAACAUGAACAGAUUAUCAUCAAAUAUUUCAGAGCACAAUAAUAUUCAACAAGCAAGCACAAGCCAAACAUCUACUGGUCUUGCAGAUACAAUUCAAACCUACUCUGAAAAUAAUAAUAAUAAUAGUUAUUAUAAUAAUAAUAAUAAUGAUAAUAAUAAUAAUAAUAAUAAUAAUAAUAACAACAAUAAUAGUAAUAGUAUUAUUGGCACUACUUUUCAUCAUCAAGGCAAUUUUCCAAAUGAAAAUAUUUGGAGCAUGGAGGACCUUUGGUCCAUGCAAUUGCUUAAUGAUGCAACCAACUAA